CCUCCCCCACCUCCCGGUCCUCGUCCCUGGUGACGCCCCCAAUCGAGCCGAGCUCCUCGCGAUUCCCAAUCCCCGCACGCCUCCUCCUCCGGCCCCGCCGCCGCCGCCGCCGCCUCGCCUCAGGCUCACAGUUGUUCAAGAUGGAACACAAGGAGGCGGGUUGCCAGCAGCCAGAGGGCCCAAUCCUAUGCGUUAAUAACUGCGGCUUCUUUGGCAGUGCCGCGACCAUGAACAUGUGCUCCAAGUGCCACAAGGAGAUGGUCAUGAAGGAGGAACAGGCCAAGCUGGCUGCCUCCUCCUUUGAUAGCAUUGUUAACGGUGGCGACGGUGGGAAAGCACCUGUUGUUGUUGCGGCUGUGGCUGCGAGCGCUGAGGUGGCGGUUGCUCAAGUUGACGUGAAGGCACUCGUUGUGCAGCCUGCUGCUGAUGUUGCAGGCACUAGCGAAGCUGUUGCCGUGAGCCCCAAGAGGAAGGAGGGGCCGAAUCGGUGCUCAACUUGCAGGAAGAGGGUUGGGCUAACGGGAUUCAACUGCAGAUGCGGUAACAUGUACUGUUCGCUGCACCGCUAUUCCGACAAGCAUGACUGCCAGUUCGACUACCGGACUGCAGCUAGGGAUGCCAUCGCCAAGGCCAACCCAGUGGUGAAGGCAGAGAAGCUCGACAAGAUUUAGGUGUCCUACAGGGAAGAAAUGGUUGCAAUCUGCCAAGGUUCAUCAUCCAUCUUUGCUGUGCCAUCCUUGCACCUCCCUUUCUUGUUGGCUGCCACAUUUCCUAAAUUGUACGGCAUCGUGAUGCACACUGCGUCGUGGCAGCUGCAAGAACUCAAUCCUCUCAGUCAUUCCGAAUGGUUUGCGUGUUGUGUAACUUUAUUCAUGGUGGUUUUUUCGGUCAGUAUUGUGGCUUCUCAUUUUAGCUAGCUCUGUUUAUGUACUAUUGUCCCAUGUGUGUUAAAUUCUGAUCAGUAAUAGUAACCAGCAAUGGUUCAUCA